AGUCUGCUUGUUAGAAUAUACAGAGCACCCAGAGCUUGUAGCACUGAAGCAUGCCGCAUUGUUGAUCAUUACGGCAUUCUAAACUCAAUGUCUUAACCUAAUGUGUGCGUCUACUUAAAAUUUUAGAAAGUUUUCAAAGUUGGUUCUGGGGCUCUUUAAUGCUGCCCACAAGCUCAUUUUUUUUUGCCUGUGUAGAGCUUCAUGACAUGUUUAUCUGCUGCUGUCCAGGAGGAUGGAGACCUCUCAAGUACCGUGUCUACAGCUGGUGAGGGGGGCACUGGCACCUGAUUUGGAAGAUGGUCAUGGGGUCACCGCUGACUCCUUAGACAGUCCAGGCCGCAUCGAACCUUACUCUGAUCAAGAGGACUUUGAUGGAGAAAUUGUAUUGCAUCCACGAUUACACAGGGGUGACCUAGAUGAUGAUAGUGGCAUUAACACUGGCACACGUGGCUUGGAAGAUGAGCUAGAGGAAUGUCUUGACGAGGAAGAUGAUGAUGAGGAUUGUCUCAAAGGAGAGAGGCAGCAGGACGAGGGCAAGGAGAAUGUUGAUCCCUCUGAUCUCCAAGAUAAAGUUUUGGACUUUGAUGAAGACAAGCGCUACCCUCAGUACAUCCCCAAGAAAGGUGCAUUUUACCAGCAUGAUGACCGAGUGGUAGGAGAUGAAGAUUCAUCUGAGGUACCAGAAGAAAAAACUGAAGAUGACACGGGCUCUCGCCGACCAAAGAAGCUCUGGCAUGAAGAAGGUGUUUGGGACCAUGACAUGUAUCGUGAGGAGGAGCAGGGACCUAAAUCAAGUGAGGAGCUUGUGAGCAUAUAUGGCUACGAUAUUCGUUCAGAACUGAUGCCUCCUGGAGCUCAAAGACGUCAACACUAUGGUAGUAGGCCUAACAAAUACGAGCACAGCUGGGAAGGUGAAGAGGCUUACACUCCCCAGUCAGGGUCAGGACGCGGUGAAGGAGCAUGUGGUGGUCGCAGCACCAGGGCUGGGAGCCACCUUGGGAACCCUGGAUUCUACGAUGAGGACUUCGCCGACCUUCACUCGAAGCCCUCCGAAAAUGCCGCCACAAUGCAACAAAACAGAGGAGAAGUAAAGUCGUCAGACAGGCCUGCAGGGUUCGAAGGCUCAGACUGGACAGGGAGCAACAGUUCUCAACAGGAGAAAUGGGACCAUACAGUAAAGGGUUCUGGAAUGACCCACUGGGGUUGGGGCAAGCGUCCUUCUCUACCUUCCAGGGCAGUACCAGAUGCACCACCAAAGCAGCAAGACUGCGACGUCAAGGAGGAUGUACCCCUAGGGCAUCGUGUCAGCAGCCCUGCACCACAGUUGCCAGUGAUGGCUGUUGAAGUGCCUCAAGUUUCACGUACUGCUGGCAGAAGUCGAGCUAUUCAGCAUCUGCUGAGCAAGGAUGACCAAAGCAAAAGGGAGCAUGAGGCACUCAAGGAGCUUGCUGCUAAAGGAGAGCUUCAGGGUGGUUCCUGCUGCAAAAAAGGGAUCCCCCAACAGAGUGACCCACAAUAGGCUUGGUACGAAAACGGCGGAGAUGCUCGCCGUUGGCCGCUUCGAUCUCAUGAAACGGCUCGCUCUGGACCUUAGUGUCAGCUCACCUUUUGAAAAAAAAAAAUUAGAUAAAUAAAACUGUUGUUCCUCAU